GACCCCCUGAACCAUAACCCUAAUCCAGAGCCAUGUCCAUAGCCUCGAUGAUGAUGUCUUCUUUGCAUGUCACUGCCUCCUCUGCACCCUCUCUCCACCCCAAAACUUUCUACUCUUCCCGAAAUGCUUCACGCCGGCCCACUACUUGCAUUAGGAGUAGUGGUGAUAAGAGCGGUGAGGAAUUCCCACUGAUCAAGCUGGACAGGCGGAACAUGCUCAUCGGCAUAGGUGGGGGUCUGUACGGAACGACGCUAGGCCUCGGUCAUGAUCAAAAGGCCGCCGCAGAUCCAGUGGGCCCUCCGGACCUAUCCAGUUGCCACGCAGCAAGAGACCUGGACACCACCAACACGACGGAUUAUGCAUGCUGCCCACCUUACACUUUCCCUCUACCGAACCCAGAAAGCAUUCCUUCCUACAAGAUCCCCAAAAAUCCGAUCCUCCGCAAAAGGAAGGCGAUCCAGAUGAUGACCCCGGAUGAGCUAUACAAGUUCGAGUCAGCUAUUGCUGAGAUGAAGAAGCUGGACAAGACCGACCCAAAUAACCCAUGGAGCUUCACGCAGCAGGCACAAAUACACUGCGCCUACUGCAACAACGCGUACUACCAGUAUAAGACCGACAAAGUGCCGUUGGAAAUCCACUUCAGCUCUCUCUUCUUGCCAUGGCACCGAUGGUAUAUCUACUUCUUCGAGAGAAUCCUAGGGAAACUGAUUGGCGAUGACAGCGUUGCGCUUCCCUACUGGAACUAUGAUAACCCGGAUGGGAUGGCGUUCCCGAAAGCCUAUGACAAUCCCAACUCGCCUCUCUAUGACGAUUUACGCAACAAGGGCCAUGCAUAUGCAAGGAACUAUGUGGAUCUGAAUUACGGUGGUGAGCCCUAUACGCCACCCCCUCAAAAGCAGCUGAUCGACGAGAACCUGUGUUAUUUGCAGACGAUCUUCAACCAGGGCGAGGUUGAUCCAUUGCAAUUCAUUGGAUGCCCCAUUGCAGCAGGUGUCCAAUGGGGAUAUCAAUAUGCUGGUCUCCUGGAGAGCUUACACAACUCUGUCCAUCAGUGGACAGGGCCGAUCGCCUCGCCCAAUUUCGACAUGGGUAACUUCAUCAGUGCAGCACGGGACCCUAUCUUCUACGCGCACCACUCCAAUGUGGAUCGCCUGUGGGAUAUCUUCAGGAACUGCUUCUUGAAAACUGAGUUAGAAACGACAAGCACUGACUGGCUGGACGCCUCCUUCGUCUUCUAUGACGAGAACAAAGAGUUGGUGAAAGUUAAUGUAAAGGACUCACUUCGAAUUGACAACCUCGGAUACUCAUACACGAGUAUGCCACUUGUAUGGAAGGACUUCUCCAAGGCCUGCAAGAUCCGACCUAAGAUCACAUGUACGGCCACAGCAGUAGAAUUCGGGUCCGUGCCUAAGGCCCUUGUGAGUGACCCCAUCCGUGUCUUGGUCAAACGGCCCAACUCAUCUCGUAGUAAGUCUGAAAUACAGAACACGCUCGAGGUCGUCAUGGUCGAUGGCAUUGAGGUGGAACACACAAGCUCAACCCGGUUCGAUGUCUUCAUCAACACGCCUUCUGAUAAUUCCACGCACCUUGGAGACUUCGUCGGGAGCUUUACAACUGUGGCUCAUGGGCACAAACAUGGGGAGACGUCUGACGGGAAUGAGAAGAAGCUGGGUCUGAAGCUCGGGAUAACGAGCAUGGUCUCAAAGCUAAAUGCUGAGGACGCUGAGAGCCUCGUUGUGUCGUUGGUGCCACGAAUGGGACCUGUUGUCGUUGGUGGGGUACGCAUCGAGCAGAUUGAGAAGAAGACAGCGUGAUUUCUGAGACGUUUGUAUUGAGCUUUAAUAAAGGGUUAGUCUACUCACGCUAGUGCUUGCUUGUGUGUGAUUGGGCAUUGCUAGCCUUGUCGUGUUAUGUUACUAACUUCCCAUGGAUGAUAUGUUCUUGCCAUUAUAGGCUUAGCGUCAAUCAUGAUUUUAAGUUAUGAGUUUAGUAUCAUUUGUAUGA